GGCCUGAUUAGUUUGCUCCGAUCCAUCUCGAUGACUUAUUUGCUUCUAUCGUCUUCUCUUCUUUUGUUCUUGAGCAUAUGCAGAUCAGCAGCGACCUUGAAAGCCAUCUAUUGCCCUUCUAUUUGCAUAUCUGCAUACCUGCAUAUCUGCAUAUCUGCUCUUCUAUCAUCUUUCUUCUCAUCACUGUAGUUUCCUAAAUAUUUUGAAUCCAUUUAGAAUGGACGUGGAAAAUCAGUAGACUGUUUCACGAAUGAACAACAAAUAGUCCAAUUAUCACUUCUGGGACUUGGAAAUUCUAUCACUGUGCAAGCUGGGAACUGCUCAAUAUGGCUAUUUUUGAGAAACAUCUCCAGGAGAAUCUUGAGUCUUGUCGCCAACGCAGGUUGAGUCGGUGUAUCGUCGGUAUAUUGUUGGCUAUCGGUCACUGCCCAUUGACCGCCUUACAAAUAUCUCCAUUAUCUGUCACCGUAUCAUGUUUUAUCAGAGUCAGCUUGGGUUGAUAAAGUGGCCAAGACCC